UCAGAAGCUGUGAAUGGGAGACGGUUCUGCGUAUUGUACUCACGCCAGUCAGAGUGAGUGGAGACUGAGCAGAGCGCACAGCCACAGUCAGCGAUCUUCUGGUGUCAUGUAAAAACACUGGAAGAACAGCGGAUAUUUUUAAAUAAAAAGUUAACUUUAUAAGUACUGAUAUACACGUUUUUUUUAUUUAUAUGAUUUUCUAUGUGCGCUAAAAAUGGCCAUGGCGCCUUUAACGCACUGCAGGUAUUUAGUGUUUUGGGAGCUCAGUUAACAAAAACAUGGAUUAAAGAGCAAGUACUUUUCCCGUUACUUCAGGAGAACUCAAAUGGCGGCACUUCGUAGGAAAUUUGGCGAAGACUACCAGGUGGUUAACACUAAUCGGGCUACCACUUCUUCUGCGCCAGUCAAGAAAAAACGACAGCGCUUUGUGGAGAAGAACGGUCGCUGCAAUGUACAGCACGGAAACCUUGGGGGAGAGACCAGCAGGUACCUCUCUGACCUCUUCACUACUUUAGUAGACCUAAAGUGGAGAUGGAACCUCCUCAUCUUCAUCCUAACUUACACCAUCGCCUGGCUGGUCAUGGCAUUUAUGUGGUGGGUCAUCGCUUACAUCAGGGGAGACCUCAAUCACGGCCACGAUUCGUCUUACACCCCCUGUGUGGCCAAUGUUUACAACUUCCCCUCAGCUUUUCUUUUUUUCAUUGAGACUGAGGCCACCAUCGGCUAUGGCUACCGGUACAUUACAGAAAAGUGUCCGGAGGGCAUCAUUCUUUUCUUGUUCCAGUCGCUGCUGGGCUCCAUAGUGGACGCUUUUCACAUCGGCUGCAUGUUCAUAAAAAUGUCCCAGCCUAAGAAACGCGCAGAGACGCUCAUGUUCAGUCAGGACGCGGUGAUUUCUCAGCGAGACGGCAAAUUGUGCCUCAUGUUCCGCGUUGGCAACCUGCGGAACAGCCACAUGGUGUCCGCUCAGAUCAGGUGCAAACUCAUCAAGUCUCGUCAGACACCGGAAGGCGAGUUCCUGCCUCUGGACCAGUGUGAGUUAGAUGUUGGUUUUGGGACAGGUGCAGACCAGCUCUUCCUGGUGUCUCCUCUCACCAUCUGCCAUGAAAUCAAUGCCAAGAGCCCUUUUUUUGACCUUUCCCAGCGCUCUCUCUUGAACGAACAGUUUGAGAUUGUCGUUAUCCUCGAGGGCAUCGUGGAGACCACUGGUAUGACAUGCCAGGCACGGACGUCAUAUACCGAGGAUGAGGUUUUAUGGGGCCAUCGUUUCCUGCCGGUGAUGUCCCUGGAGGAGGGCUUUUUCAGGGUAGACUACUCUCAGUUUCACAACACUUUUGAGGUACCGACACCGCCGUACAGCGUCAAGGAGUAUGAAGAGAAAAAUUCACUCCCCUCACCUCUGUCCACUCCCACCCCUGCGCUGACUGAAAGCCAUGGCACCAGGCGUGACCGGGUGUUUUCUGUGGAUUGCAUCAACACUUCAGAAGAAAGGGGCCAUCAGGGAGGUACUGGUGGUCAACUGCCUAGAAAGCUGCAGAGGAUGAGUUCAUCUGGGAAGGAGGACCUGCAGAGGAAAGUGCUUCUGCUUAGCUCCCAACACUCUGAGAAGGCCUGCAGCACAGGAGACCUGCCUCUGAAGCUGCAGCGCCUCAGCUCCUCGACUGGCCCUGAGGCAGAGAAUCGGUUGCAACUCAAGUCCCUCAAGGUGGGCUUUGAACCCAUGACCCAGUCUACUGGAGACCUGUAUCAGCACAGCCUACAGCCCACAUUGUCUCCUGCUCCACUCCCCAUGCACAGCCCGCUGCUCUCAGCUGGAGGGAAGCUGGGGGACAACCUGCCACCGAAGCUACGGAAGAUGAAUGCUGACCGCUGAAACCCAGACGGUCCCUGACCACAACAACAGACUCCAGACAGAAGGAGACAUGUAUGGAAACACAUUUUAGAGAUCUACUUGCCCUCGGGAGACAGAACAGAUCACUUACUUGCAAUUUCUCGAUUUAUUCUUGAGACACAAUCAUUACUGGAAUUACUGUGAUCUUAGUGUUUCAUAGCAGAGGCAUUCAUGAAGGCAUUGUUACACACAAAACAAUAAGAAAACACAAACUUGAUCAUUCUGCAAGAGUUGUGCAUGUAUACACUAAAUCCAUUGUUUAACGUGUGCAACACUGCACUUAAUAGUCAAUCUUAGUUUUGUCUAAAUAGAAAU